UCUUUUCUUUAUCAUUAUAUGUCUUUGGCUGCAUCGAUUAUCAAUCUUCACGGUGAGUUGCUCCACCAAUCAAGCCCAUGAUGCAGAAAAUGACAUCCAUCUUCAGGCUCAAUCAUUUGUCUUUGCUCUGUUUUAUACCUCUGUUUCUUCAACACUCAAUCGCAGUCGACAUCUUAAAAGCAGGGCAAUCCAUUAACGACACCCAAGUAAUUGUUUCAGCCGCUGAAAAGUUUGAAUUGGGAUUCUUCGCUCAACCCAAGUCCUCCAAUUUCAAGUAUUUAGGAAUAUGGUACGAAGGCCUUCCCGACUAUGUCGUUUGGGUGGCAAACAGAGAUAACCCAAUUCUAAACUCCUCUGCCACUCUAAAAUUCAAUCCCGAUGGAAACUUAAUUCUCGUCAACCAAACAGAUCAAGUUUUUUGGUCUUCAAAUUCAACAAGAUCACUUCAAGAUCCGAUCGCUCAACUCCUAGAUACAGGUAAUUUCAUGCUGAGAGAUUCAAAUUCAGGAUCUGAAGAUUACGUGUGGCAGAGUUUUGAUUAUCCCUUCGAUACUCUAAUACCGGGAAUGAAACUGGGGUGGGACUCCAAAACAGGGCUUAAUCGGAAGUUAACAUCAAGGAAAACUCAAAACAAUCCAUCCUCUGGUGAACUCAGUUAUGGAGUCAACACAGAUGGGCUUCCUCAACUUGUGGUUCGUAAGGGAAACAAGACGUUGUUUAGGGGAGGGCCAUGGUUUGGCAAUGGUUUUAGCCGAAGUCGAUCAAAGGGAGCAAAUUUCAUCUAUAAUGCUUCAUUUGAGAUAUCAUAUUCAUUAAAGGAUUCAAAAGAUGGCCCUUCGAGAGCUGUGUUGGAUCCAAGUGGAUCCGUUAUAUACUAUGUGUGGGGCGGAGGGGACAAACUAUGGGACAUAGCAUACACGUUUGACGAAUCUGGUUGCAACGACUACAAAUUAUGUGGAAAUUUUGGUCUUUGUAGCUCUGUUUUAGUAGCAAGCUGUGGUUGUUUAGAUGGGUUUGAACAAAACUCAGCACAAAAUUUUUCAGAUGAGUGUGUGAGAAAGGAUGAAAAAAUUUGCAAAGAAGGAGAAGGAUUUAGAAAGAUAAGUGAUGUGAAAUUGCCAGAUUCCACAAGGAACUUAGCGAAAUUGAAAGUGGGUAUUCAAAAUUGUGAAACAGAGUGCUUGAAUGAUUGUUUGUGCUUGGCUUAUGGCAUGCUGCAACUUCCUAAUAUUGGGCCUGCCUGUGUCACCUGGUUUGACAAAUUGAUUGAUAUUAGACGUGUUCGUGAUGCUGGAACUGGGGAUGAUCUGUUUGUGAGAGUGGCCGCUUCAGAAUUAGAAUGGAGUGAAAGGAAGAGUAUAAUAGUUCCGGUGGUUGUGCCAACCGUAUCAGCGAUAAUCUUCUUGGCUUUAAUCAGCAUUUUUAUCGUUAGGAAUGUAAGAAGAAGAGCUAAAGACAAUGGAGUUGCAAUCACUGAGGAUUUAAUUCAUGAGAAUGAACUUGAGAUGUCGAUUGCGAUUAUUGAAGCUGCGACGAACAAUUUCUCAUUGUCUAAUAAGAUUGGAGAAGGAGGUUUCGGACCUGUUUACAAGGGAAAACUUCCAUCUGGACAAGAAAUUGCGGUAAAGAAACUAGCAGAAAGAUCUCGUCAAGGGUUGGAAGAGUUUAAAAAUGAGGUCCUUUUUAUUUCCCAACUUCAACAUCGAAAUCUUGUCAAACUUCUUGGUUUCUGCAUUCACAAGGAAGAAACAUUACUCAUUUAUGAAUACAUGCCAAACAAAAGUUUGGACUACUUCCUUUUUGAUGACGGAAGGCGUUCUUUACUCCAUUGGCAAAUGAGAAUUGAUAUCAUAAUUGGUAUAGCUCGAGGACUUCUUUAUCUUCAUCGAGAUUCAAGACUUCGAAUAAUACACAGAGAUCUUAAAGCUGCCAAUAUUUUAUUGGAUAGUGAAAUGAAGCCAAAAAUUUCAGACUUUGGUAUUGCACGAAUGUUUGGUGAAUAUCAAAUGGAAACAAAAACAAACAGAGUUAUUGGAACCUAUGGUUAUAUGUCUCCAGAAUAUGCAAUGGAAGGUUGCUUUUCCUUCAAAUCCGAUGUUUACAGCUUUGGUGUUAUGCUUUUAGAGAUAGUUAGCGGCAAGAGGAACCAAGGCUUUUUUCACUCUGAACAUCGUCAACUGAAUCUUCUUGGACAUGCAUGGAAACUUUGGAACGAAGGAAAGACUUUGGAAUUAAUAGAUGAAGUGUUGGGUGAUCAAUUCCAAGAAUGUGAAGCACUAAAAUACAUAAAUAUUGGACUUCUAUGUGUUCAAGCACGUCCAGAAGAAAGACCAAUUAUGUCAUCUGUACUUUCAAUGUUAGAAAAUGAUAACAUGUCGUUGAUUCAUCCGAAAGGACCCCGGUUCUAUGGGGAAAGAUUUGCAUUGUCUGAUAUUGACUCGUCGUUUUCUACUACGAAUAAUGUUACUAUUACAUUGUUAGACGAUGGUCGCUAAUACUAACAACACUGCAAUUAUGUAAUUCUACAUUAUUAAUCAAAUUUAGUGGAAAAAAGUAUAGAAUAUGUAUUGA